AUGCCCGCGGGAAUCGCCGUCGACGCCACGCCGAGCGCGCGGUUGCCGCCGAGACACCCGCACUCGCCGCCCUCCUAUCGUGAGGUCGGAGAUCUCAUCGGAGUCAACGACGGGAAGAGCGGAUGCGGCAGGGUGGGGCCGCGCUCGCCCCCCGAGAGGCUUCGUCGAUCGUCCGGGGCGGGCCCGUCGUCGCGCGCCGUCGGGGGCUGCGACCUCGGCUCGAGCGAGGACGACCGCGUCGAGGCCGAGCCCAAGACCCCGACGACGCGCCGCGCGCCGCCCAGCUACGAGGACGCGCUGCUGAGCGCGCGACGGAUACCGCCCAAGAGCCCCCCGCGCCCCGGCGCCGAGCACGACGGUGAGCGAGGACCGAAAAAACCGACGCGCGCGCACCAGCCCCGUCCCAUCGCGCGUGUUCCGCGCCGAACCCCCGUUGACCCUUCUAUCCCCUCCUCGCGCCACUCGCAGAGGGAGCGGAGCACGACGCGCUCGGGUUCCCGAUACGAGGAGAUCCGCGUGACCUAUCCCGCGGCGCGAGCCAGGCAGCUCACGGCGCUCGAGGCCUACAAGACCGCGGCGCCCGAGGCGAGGCUCCCCGGCGGAGAGGCCCGCGCCGCACUCGCCGUGACCGGCAUCCACCACCUGCACAGGGCCGAGGUGUGGGCGGAGGCGCUCCACGCGGAGCACAAGGAGACGGCCGCCGAUCGAUGCUACGACGAUUACCUCGAGGAGGGUUUGCGGUCGCGGGACUUCGCGGCGGCCAGGGAACGGAUCAGGUGCGACGUCCCGUGCGUGUUCCCGUCGCACCCGAGAUUCGUCAGGACCGGCCCGAGGACCGCCGACGGGUGGGGGGGUGACGCCUGCCCGAGGGAUCGACGGUCCGGUUUAUCGCGGACGUCGAGUCGCGAUCUCUCCGGGUCCCUUUACGAGUCGUCCAGCGGGUCCCUUUACGGGUCCGCGUGCGAUUUGUCGCUCGCCGACGACCGCUCGGGAUCGUCCUUCACCGACGCCGUCAGCGGGCGGCUCGAUUACUGCCUCCUCGACGCCCUCGAGCGCGUGCUCGUCGCCGCCGCCGUUCGCUCGCCCCAAGGCUACGUUCCAUUCGCCGCCACCGUCGCGGGCGUGCUGCUCCUCGAGACGGACGACGAGGAGAACGCGUUCUGGAUGCUGGCGGCGUUUUGCGAGGACGUGGCGCCGUGGGCGUUCACCGCCGGGGCGUUGCCUUUCCUCGCGGAGUGCGCGACGCUGGACCGGGCGGUGGCGGCGGAGAUGCCCGCGCUGGACGCUCGCCUGCACCGAGCGGCGGUGAGGCCCAGCCUCCUCUGCGCGGGUUGGCUCACCAAGUUUGGCGUCUCCGUGCUCCCGGGGGAGUCCGCGCUGCGUUUGCUGGACGCCAUCGUGCUCGAAGGGAGCGACGUGCUGCCCCAGGCGGUGCUCGCGUUUCUCAGGGCGCACGGCGAUCAAAUCUUGUCUCGCGGCAAAGGGUGCGGCGCCGCGUUGCUAGACGCCGCGGAUGACGUCGCGGCUGGCUCGUUCGUCUUUGACGAGGUGGUGGAGGACGCGGUGCACUCCGCGAGGUGUGCCAGGGAGAGCCCCGCGUGGUGCAGGCUCCGCGCGGACGCCAGGGCGGCGGUGCACUCGCGCGCGUCCGCGCUCGGCAGCCUCCGCGAGCUCGACCGCUCCUUCGGUCGAUUCGCCGAGGAGAACCGGGGGGUGUGCAGGGACGAGUUCGACGACUUGGUGUGGGCGGCGUACCCGGUCGGGGUCGAGGCGGACGACCUCGGGGUCGAAGGGGUGGAUCCCACAGCGGACGUGUCCGCGGACGCGGCGACGAGGGCCUUCGACCUGGCGCGACGCGAGGUGGCGGAGGAGCACGGAUGCGGAUUCGGAUCGGGUUUUAGGACGAAUUCCGCGCCGGAGACGCCACGGUCGGCGAGGUCGUGCGUGUCGUCGCUCUGCGGAAGCAGGUUCGGGGAUUCAUCGGACGAGGCGCACGUGGUGUCGCACGCGCGGUGGAGGGCGCAUUGCGACAGGGACCCGGCGCUCAAGGCGCGACUCCGCGUGGCGAACCUACCGGGCGACGCCGCCGACGCGAGAGUACGCGCGCUGCUCCGCGGCGUCGACGGCGGUUUCGGUUACGCCGCGAGGUUGGGCGGAUACGCCUCGGCUAACUGCACGUCCGCGUCCGAGGACGAGAAAAACCCGGGGGGCACCAACCCGGGGGGCGCUCCGAGCCCCGCGAAGCUCGCGUCCGCGGUGCGCACGGCGCACGCGGCGAUGGGCGUGCUGGACGCCGGCGCGAGGUCGGGGGCUUUUCCGAUGAACCGUCACGCGGCGGCUGCGCUCGAGUCGGCGAUGCUCUUCGCCGGCGGCGGCGUCGGUUGGUUGGAGAAGAUCCGGUUCGGCGCGAGGGGUUCGAUGGUGCUCGCGUCGAUCGAGGCGACGGUGAGGGCGGCGCACAUGGACUCGAGGGACGCGUUCCACGUCUCCGUCAUCGCCAGUCGCGACGUGGUGCCGUCGGUGACGAGUUUGCUGUCGUGGUCGACGCCGUUUUUCGACCGCACGCCGCACACGCGAUAUCACCUGCUCGUGCAGUCGCCCGGCUCCGCGCCGUACGUGCUGUGCAAGCGAUACUCCGACUUUAAGCAGCUGCACGCGGACGCGGAGGGUAAGGGCCUCGCGGCGGACGUCGGCCCGUCCCUCGAGCUGCCCACCGGCUUUGGUUCGUUCAGCUCGGACCCUUCGGUGGUGGCCAGGCGCAGGGUGGCGCUGCAGCGGUACAUGGACGCGCUGGCGUGCUCGGGUUCCGCCGGCGCGCUCGCUCACCUGCGGGUGUUCCUCCAGCUGGACUCGCCCCCGAGGGCCAAGCGACGCGUCCGGGGGGCUUGCUACAUCGGAUGCGACGGGUUCUUCGGGGCUUGA